UCGACAGCGAGCACUCGGCACAUGUAACCCAGGUGACCUCGGCAGUAUGGGGCAUGGUCUAUGGACUGACUGUUAGCAUUUCCCAUUGAUUCAACACAGUUAAAAGUGUCAUAUUAACUGUAAGCGCGUUGAUUACACAACGUCACGAGACCGCACUGCUAUUACAGCUUAUUUGCAACAUCACAUCAGAAUUCAUGGCUGGAAUUGAGGAGCUUUCGCCCGCCGCAGGCCCUGUAGAAACCCGUCCACCGGAGGACGAGAUUGAUGAAGACGAGGACGAAGAUUUGGACGAAACUUUGGCGGAAAGGCUGUGGGGUCUGACGGAGAUGUUCCCCGAAUCGAUGCGAAGUGCAGCGGACGUGUCGGCUCAGUGCUCUGUCUCCCUGGCCAAAAAGCUAUACAGCUUCUCCCGGGCAGCACUGUGGGUUGGCACCACUUCGUUCAUGAUCCUUGUCCUGCCCGUAGUGUUUGAAACAGAGCGACUGCAGCUUGAACAGCAACAGCUGCAACAGCAAAGACAGAUCCUCUUGGGGCCGAAUGCUGGCAUGUCAGGUGGUAUGCCCGGGAUGAUGCCUCCCGCACCGGCUAAGAUUUGAUGACGGCGAAGCAGACCAUUAGAGCAGAAAGAGCAGCAGUUUGGAAGAGGACGGGAGAGAGAGGGAGAGAAAGAGAGGGUGAGGGAGAGAGAGAGAGUGCGGCCAGAGGUCGAAAUGCACACUCAUUCCACGGAAAAGGGUGCGACGAAACGAGACGAGAGAGCGCAGCAGUUGGAUGGAGUGGAAAGAAAAACCUUCCUCUCUCUCCCUUUGCUCAUCAUAUCCUCCUGAGUGGACUGACUUCCAAGCACUGAUCUUUUAUGUUUUUGUUUUUGUUCUUUCAUUUUUUUUUUACUUUGCAUAUUAUAUAGGUCUAUAUAUAUAUGUAUGUUUCCAGUGGAGUGUGUGGGUGGUCCAUGUGGGGGAAAGAAUUUUCAGAGUGGUUUGGUUGCAAUCGUGUAUGUCUUACUUUGUCUGGGUUUCCAAUGGUCCAUGUCUUGGAUGAAAAUUAAGAAAGAAACAUGUGGAAGGGGCACCGGGCAUUCAGAAACAUGGUGUUUGUCUGCAAUGCCAAUUUUAACACAAUAGGGUCAUGACAUGUAGGAGUGUUAACUAUUUUAUAUGAGAAGCAGUAGCACUGGCUGCCAAUAAAGCCAUUUGACUGUGACGCAGGAGUUAAACCAUGUCUCCAUACUUAUGUUCUUUAAGUUUGUGUCUGGCAAUUUACCUGUAAUGCAAUAUUCAAAAUGUCCAAAAUUACACUGUAACAACUGAACGACCCCAUUGCCUAGUUAUGCCAAGACAAAAAUAGUUGAAAUUGUCCUGAAUGUGUGACUCAUUUUCUCUACCUGUCCCAAUAAGGAUACUUUAAUGGUAUUCAGUCAGUCACUGAAGCUACAAAGGGUGUUGUGGUAGCAAAAGUGAAUUGUUCAAUUAUAGCAGUUGUCUUGACUCUGCCUCUCAAGGAAGAAGACCCAUGUUAUUAAGAGACUGCAGAAAUAAAGACACUAAAAACAA